AUGCCUCGCCACAACGACCCCACCUCCAAGAUGUUCUACAAGGGAGCAUCCGACGACUUCAUCGUCUUCGUCGAUGACCACGACGCCCUGAACAGAUGGCGUGGUGACCGCUCAGUCCCUCUGGCGGAUGUUCUUAACGGCUGGAAGAUCUUUGUUACUCACAAGCACGGAGCCCAAGGCGUCCUUGACGGAGCUAGCAAGGCUAGUCUCGAGAAUGAAUUCGGAACUGCCAAUGAAGACGACGUUAUAACCCAGAUCUUGGAGCGCGGCGAGUACCAGUCUACUAUUGCUCGCGAACAACAAGGUGAUACCAACUUCCGUAAUGGACCUGCUUUCCGAUAG